AUGGACCAAAGGACCAAGGAGGUAGCACCUGGUGUCAGGAUGAGAGUUCUGAAAGAGCUAGACGGUUACCUCUACAUGUCGAAAUACUCUACCAGAGGCCGGACAUUCCAGGAACAGACCCUCUCCAAUCGCUGUAUCUUUUCUGUCAACGACCCGGUCCAUUUUCGCCGUCCUUAA